AAACUCAAAACCUUCUCAAGGCCUCCGUGAAGGGCACCUAUAUAAUUCUCUUUAUUCUUUUCUCAUUCGCGAUUGCGCAUUUUAUAUCAAAUUGUGAAACGAAUAUCGUUUACAGUAUCUAACUAAACUAUGUGUAAACUGAUCGUUUUGUUCCCGUUUUUUAUUAGAAACAAAUAACAGUAUUAACUCCCAAUCGAUUGAAAACUGUUUUAAAAUGUUCCACACUGUUUAUCGUCUGUGAAUUAUGUCAUUAAAACUGAUGUCAACGGUAAUUUCGUCUUCAGUGGCUCCUCAAAAAACGGAAGAAUCGGGGAAAUUGAUUCAACAGUUAUUAGAUUGUGUAAAAAAGUGCCAAACUAGAUACGGUGGUAAAAAAGAAUUAGCCACCGAGUACGAUAGCUGCGUAGCCGCUUUAUGUUUAACAUUAGAAUCUGUUUUAUUACAUGGAUUAAGAAACAAACCAUUAGUUGUUCAACAAAUUUCGACGCUAAAACAAGUAUCUGAUAUCGUUAGUAACAGUUUACAUUUAAAUAAUGACAAUAUAUCUUUUUGGCCGUUUGUUUCAAAACACUUAACUAAGCACGAAAACGAACGUUACGCGAUUUUAAAACAAAUUUGGACCGAUACAGGUCGAGGAAAAGCUUGGAUUCGAUCAGCUUUAAAUGAAAAAUCUUUGGAACGGUAUCUUCAGUCGUUGGUAAACAACAAGGAAUUAUUAAAAAUUUAUUAUGAGGAUUGGGCUUUAUUAUAUAAUGAAGAACAAAGCAGUUUAUUGCCAAAUAUGGCUGCAGGUUUAGGUUCGAUUUUAUUUGCUAUAAGUAUAGAUAAAUCGGAAUUUAAUUGUGGUAAUGCGAUGGAAAAAAUGGAUAAAUUAAAAUCGAUGGCUGAACCGAUUAUUGAUGCCCCAAUUCCAGAAAACACCCAAAAGAAAAAACGCAAAAUACCAAAACAGAUAAUUUCGUUUGAUGAUGAUGAAACCACUUCUUUAUCAUUAUCUUCAAGCGUUCCUUCCAGUUCCAGUUCUAUAACUUCAGAUACUUUACCAACGGAAAUUGAUAAAAAGCCACCAGAUAACAACGAAAAACAACAAAUUAGGCGUAAAUUAAGUAUAGAAACGAGUGGGUCGAGAGAUAAAUUUAGUUUUACUAGUUUAGAAGGACCUUUAACUCCUUUAACACAAGCGAAUAUUGGUGAAUUGACACCGAUUUCAAAUAAAAACCCUGAAUCUCCCGAUGAUCCAAUUGAUAUAAGUAACGUUUUUACUGAAAUUGAAAGAAAAAAUUUAGAUAUAGUUAGGUUAAAUGAGAAAAUUGGGAAUUUAACCAUAGAAAAUGAAAAUUUACGAGAACAAUUAAAGAAAUACAUCAGUGCAGUUCAAUUAUUGAAACAAGAAAAUGCUGUAAUUGAUGAAAAUGUUUCCACACAGAAUCUCAACCCAGAUUAUAGGAAGGAAGCGAAAAUUUUUGAAACUAAAUUGGUUCAAGUAGCUGAAAUGCACGCUGAAUUAAUCGAUUUUAAUGUGAUUUUACAAAAGAAAUUAUGUGCUAAAGAUAGGAUUAUCGAUAGGUUGAGCGAUGAAUUGGAAGAAAUAAGAGGACCUGUUGGAAUUUUGGAUGAAGAUGAUGAUUCUAGACGUGUCGUCAAUGUUUGGAUACCAUCAGCGUUUCUAACAGGUAGUGGUUCAACUUCCCAUCAUGUUUAUCAAAUUUUUUUGAGAGCUGGUCGAGAUGAAUGGAAUAUUUAUAGAAGAUAUGCUCAAUUUUAUGCUUUACACACUGAUUUAAAAAAAUUAGAUCCAGCUGUUUCAACGUUUGAUUUUCCACCAAAAAAGAGUAUAGGCAAAAAGGACGCAAAUUUAGUGGAAGGUAGACGCAAACGUCUUCAAAAAUAUCUAAGAAACAUCUUAUCGCAUUGGCCGGAACUGUCACAGUGUAAUUCCAGAUUUUUAUUAGAACAGCAUUUUUCAUUUUUUAAGGACCAAGAAUGUGAUAAAAACAUUUUUUCUCCCCGUCGUAGUCCAAACGAUACUCAUCAUGCUGGAUUAUAAUCUGUUUUUUAAUUUAUAUUUAGACAAAUUUUAUUAUGUAGUUAUUUUUUUAAACUCAACUCAAAGUUGCUUAUGUGUAUAAUACUGUAUAUGAUAAAAAGAAAUAUUUAUUCUUUUAGAUUUUAAGUAAUUAAAAUGAUUCUUAUUGUUGAUA